AUGAAGCGCAAUGCGUUAAAUACGCCCGGGAAGCCGAGUGUUGCGUUGAGUACAGCAUUACUGUCGUUCAUUUACCAUCUCAGCAACAAUGAUCCUGGUGGAGAAACCUUGGCUGCUUGCGGCCUCACGCAGACGCUGCUGAGCGUGAUUUCUCAUCAUGCUCUUCCACUCGAUCAGGCAACGUUGGCUACACGUUGUACUCGUAUAACUGACAACUUCACUACGAUCGAUGUCACGGGCUUCAACAAUUGCAAAGGAAUGGACAUCUGCAUCGACCGUCUGAUUUACGAGGUAGAUGAGUGCAGAAAGGAGCAGCCAUUUGUCAUUGAUACCAGUGGAGAUGUUGAUGAUGACAGUGUUGGAAGCGUUUUCGUACGCGCACCUGUAAUUGGAAAAACAUGCCAUCCACAGCGAUCUGGACUGAUUAAGGCCCUUAUCACAUUCAUCAAGAGAGCUAUCCAGGAUACUCAGUUCCAAGAUAGCGUUCGACAUAUUAUGGAAGGACAAUUGCCUGAUGCGUUGAUGCACAUAAUCAGCAAUUCGGAGUACUACUCGGCAUCUUUAUACCACCAUGCAACCCAACUUGUUGUUAAUUUCAUCUACCAGGAACCAGCUCAGUUGACGGUCCUUCAGAACAGGCAUGUGCCAUAUGUGAUCCUGCAAAGUAUGCUGCGAAAAGAGCUUCCAAACUCGCGUGACGUGAUCAGUCAUAUGGGAAAUGUGUUCACAGCACUGUGCCUCAAUGAAAAAGGACUCAAGCAGUUCAAGGCUUAUGCGCCGUUUGACCAUGUGUUUAACAUCGUGUUGAGCAUAAAGUUCAUCGUAACCAUGAAAAAGAAGCGAAGUGAAAUGAAUGAAGCUGCACAAGGAAUUGGAAGUUCACUGGAUGAUUUGUUGAGACAUCAACCCACUCUGAAGCCUUUAAUGCUGAACUCAGUCCUUGGGAUGUUGGACCGUCUAGUCGAACUCGGCAACAACCCACCGCCGAACACCAGAAUAGUUAUGGCACUUUCAAGAUCAGCUAGCAAGGCAGCUAGUCAGAGUUUUGGCAGUGGAUCAAAUACGCCAAAUGUUGAACAGCUCCCAAUGUCCCCACCAGAAAUAGAAGAAAUGUCUGACGACGACGAUGAGGCCGAGAUGAGCAUGGACGAAUUGAGCGGCGUCGGUCAAUGUGUGGCCGACAAAAUGGGUCUUGAAAUGGAUUGCCCCUCGGACGCUAAGGACGGCACCAGACUUUUGCCGCUUGGCGACUAUCUACUAAUAUUCACCAAAAUUUUCGAAGCAAUCAUAACCCAAGUGGCUGCAGCGGAUCUCGUUGAGGGUUUUGUGGAGAAGAAUGGUGUUGAAAAGAUCUUGUCACUGUGCAAUUUACCAUCACUGGCAGCGGACCUCGCUGCAAGCACGUUCUCUGCAAGUGUGGGAUGUAUUGUGAAGUUUGUGCUGCAACAUGUCAAAGCUGGAGAUAAACUUAUGCUUUCAAUAAUGGAAGUAUUUUUGCAAUCAAUCAAUCCAUUUGUUCUGCGAACAUCACGUGCUUACUCUGAAUCGAACGGGAGUGGUGCAUCGCUGCUUGUACCACUUGGAGAUGAAGGAAUCGUAACAGCAAUUACCAGUAUGAGCAAUGCUGUUCCUAUUCUCAGUAUGCUGACUAAGAAUAACAGCCUGUCCGUUCCUGGCACGCAGGUAUUGUCUUUCUUAUACUGCUCUAUUUCUGGCUUACAAAGAUAUGUGCGGCUUCAGGGAGAUCUGCGAAAUCGGGUUUGGGAUGCAUGGCUCACAGACACCGGAAAAAGGCUGCACACAGGAUUUCGAAAGGUUUCCCGGGUACUUGCAUGGGAGACUGCUCUGCUAAAGAUGAUAGAACCGACGAAGGCGGUAGCAACGACGCAGACGGACCCCAGUGAGAUUGAAGCUUUAUCAGUUGGAACGAGCACUCCAAUUAGUCACAGUUCGUCUGAGCCGAACAACGUUAUGUCUGUGGCCGUUGACCCUCCCGCAACUGCUGCACGUCAGCCAGCUUGGGCAAUGGCCGGGAUCACUCAGGCUGAAAAUGCAUUUUGGCAUCGCCAUAAAAACGUCGCUGAUAUGGUGAUAAAGGCGAAUAAAACGGUUUCGGAGUUCCUCAGCCAGCUAUCACGCUCAUGUUUCGUUCCAACGAGGCGUAAUCGAAGAUACGAUUUCUCUUCGUCAACCAUGACCAAAUCUGCUCAACUAAUGGCAGAUGAAGUUUUCGCCGGUUUCUUCCGUGAUCUUAAGUGGACGUGUCAUAAAGUGCCUGAGGGCGGUCCAAUCCCUCCCAUGGAGUUUGGUCGCCUUCAAGAAGUAAUCGUGCAGAUGUCUGUAGCUCUAUUCGACGAUCGUCGUCAGCCGUUUCAUGCAAUGCUUCAACGUUUUUAUACCUCUGGAUGCCAUAAUGCCUUCUGUGAUUUAAUGAUGCACAAACUUGCACCUGCCCUUGGAAACGAUUAUAAUGACUGGUUGGAGCUUGCAUUCCUCGAGUGGUUCCGCCUUGCGAGUAAAUUAGCCCAUAAGCAAAACAUGCUGAAUACUAUGUACCGUCAGCCACAAGCGCUGACUAUCGAAUUUGACCCAAAGAAAUAUCUGAAACUAGUGCACAACGAUUUCUUCCGUGCGUUUUGCGUCUUGUUCGCAAAGCUAUCUGACGAAAAAGUUGACCUGAAAUGCUGCCAGACGUUGUGCGAGACUGCCAUUUCUGUUUAUAAAGACGUGGCCCAUAGCCUUACUCCUGUUUCUGAAGAAAAUCAGCGAGCUUCAAAUGAGGAACUGGGAGACUCACUAAGACCGUCGGCUGCAGAUGGUGAAGAGUCUCAACGAGAUGCAGUGCUGAGGCAGUUGUUACCAGAAGGCAGUGUUUCCUUACUGGUUAGUUGUUUUCUUUCAUCAGUCCGGUUUUUUAUGGGCGAUUUUUGA